AAACUUAUAGCUAUAUGUUGUCUAACAAUACUAAUAGUGAUGACCAAUAAUAAUGGACUAAUAAAAUGUCAAGAGGUCGAGGGCUCGGACUAUGACCMGUCAGAAGCGGAAACWUUAACGCCGACCGAAACCGAGGACAACAWCAACAACAAYAAGGCAUCGRUCGAUAGUACCGACGGGGAGGAGUCGACACCGUCAUCGUCAUCGGUGGCCAACAAUCCGUUGUCCAGUUUGAUGACCCGUUUGACUYUGAAAGCUAUCCGAUUGCAGGACAGGGUUAAGGAAACAAUGGACARCGGAGUCCAACGGGUAAACAAACGGGUCGGCGAUAUGACUGAUCGGAUGCGMSAAACGGCCGAUCGGGUUGAGCAUCGAGUGGAGGACGUAUUGGGUMGGUUCGGUAGUCUGGGUAGUGGACUGGCCGGCGGUUUCGGUAGUCUGACUGGUCUGGGAGGCAGCGGUGGUGGCAGUGGUGGUCAGGGGACAGGUAGAGGAGCGGGUGGUAGUGGUGGCGGUCUAUUGGGUGGCCUAUUAGGAGGUGGUGGCGGGGAUUUAAUAUAA